UCCAUGAAGGUCUCUGCUCUGUCUCCGCUUCACUUGCGUCCGAGCGGCGGAUGGGAGCGCUGGAAGCACGGAUGUGGCCUCGCGGUUGUGUUAUUGAUGUUUCCAGACAUCCGCCGCUGCUGCUGCUUGUGUAGCUCGACCGUGGCCUAUUUUGGAUGCGCAAGCGACGGGAGCCCUUCCAGUUCGAUUAGCUUUGUGUCUGCGGAGCGAUCGUUUUCCUACGCGUGAUCCCGGGGGCGAAUGACUGGGAUGUAAACACGACGGCUUGCCUCCGCUCAUGAUCUGGGGCGAGGUGAGGCUGAUUUCCUCGGGACUCGGAUCGCCAGUUGAUUUCACUCUGGAGCAGAGCAGCUGUUCGCUCCAAUGGCGUCAGUUUCGAAAGUGUCUAUCCUGGAUUAUUUCAAUAUUGUGUUCGAGGGGGAGAAUGGUAAAAUCGAGUCCAACUGUAAGGCUUGUGGCACCAGAAUCCAGGCGAAACGGAGCGUUACGUCCAACUUCGUCACACAUCUGAAGCGUAAACACCCAGCUAUGUAUGAUGACUUUGUGAAAAGGAAGGAUAUGAAGAGAGAGGGUUAUUCCUCUGCUUGCCUGCACAGUUUCACAACCAAUGGAGGAAACCCCCGCUUCACACUCCCUGUAAGAACUGGAACAGGAGGAGGAGCCUUAGUAAGUGUUGGAGGAGUGGGCACCCUUGAGGGAGGAGGAGGCCCUGGAGCAGGCCCUGGGGUGACUAAGUUUGACAGACAUGACCCCCGUCAGGUUCUCAUCUCCGAGGCGAUAGCUAAGAUGAUCGUGCAAGACCUGCAGCCAGUGUCUGUUGUGGAAAAUCGGGGCUUCAGGGAGUUGCUGCAGCUCCUGGAGCCCCGUUACACUCCUGAGCCCCAGCACUACAUCCAGGGACAGCUUCUCCCUGCCUACGCUUACCAGGCUCAGCUGGCUACACGUCAGGCCGUAGCAUCUGCACACACCCUCAGUCUUAGCUUAGACCUGUGGAGGAGCCAAACUCAAACUGCUUCCGGGUACCUUGGUGUUACCUGCCAUUAUCUUGCAUCUGACUGGCAGAUACGUUCUGCUCUCCUGGCCUGCCUCCCACUGACUUGCAGUAGCUCGGCAAGCCGUGUGCUGGCAGAUUUUGACGAAGUGUGUCAUUCUCACGGCGUGUCAGGGAAAGCAUUUUGCGUCAUUGCGGACCCUUUUCCAGCGACGUCAACGGCGAGGCCAAGUUGUCUUCCUGGCUUCCUGCUUCCACCUGUUCUUACUAACGGCCAAGAUGAUGAUUCGACAGAUCAAGCGCUAGACAACGGAAACAACGCCGAGCAAUGGAUCAGUAACGGCCACAAGCGUGAUGGAGAGGAGGAAGACUGGGGGGAGUCAUGGGAGCAGGGUUUGGGCGUUUGUCGGGUAGACUGUUUCUCUCGCUCUCUGGAACAAUGUGUCAGGGAGGGGUUGCGCUCCUCCCCACAAAUUUCCUCUACUUUGACCAAGGUUGCACGUUUCUAUAACUACAUUACCUCUGCUGUGCCUCCUGAGAAACUCAUCCAGGUGUUUGAUGGGUGGUUGCCUGGGGGAACCCGAAACCUUCACGAUACUGCUACAGAUUGGGCUGCUCAACUCAAGAUCUUGCGGCGGCUUUUGGACUCAGUGGACUUCCUGGAGGAGGUGAGCGGUCCCGGGGAGGUAGCGUUGAGUAGCUCAGAAAGAGCCCUGCUGAGGGAACUCACUGACAUUUUGGAGCCCUUCACUGAGGCCUGGGACAUGGUGCACAGAGACGCACAGAGAGACACCCAGCUGGACAGACAUGUGUCCAUCAGUUUGGCUCUGCCUUGUGUUCUUGGUCUGCGUAAGCAUCUCUCUGAGACAUCAACUCCCCACUGCCCUGCCCUCCUGCUCGGUCUAAACCAGUCUCUGGAACGCCUUCUGGCUCCAAUCCUGGAAAACCCUUUGUACAUUACUGCAACCACCCUGGACCCCCAGUUUAAACUUACUUGGAGCAGCAACCCUGACUGGCACAAGCAAGUUCUCCUAGAGGAAUUAUCCAAACAUUCCACAGCCUCUCCCCCAGCCGACCUCAACACAGACAUUAGCCCUCAGUCCCAAACUCUUCCUACUCCGUCACCAUCUCCAGUCUCCUCAUUGUCUCGCCCCUGCAAAUUGUUCUCUUUUAUCAAGCAGAGACCUGCGACACAGGCCAAAAGCCUGGAACAGGAGUUAUCCGUCUACCUUCAUGAGGAGCCCACAGAUGAAGAGGCUUUGCAUUACUGGCGCCGUAAAACCAUUGACUUUCCUCUGCUAGCUCAAGUCGCCAAAAGAGCAUUUACCAUACCUGCUUGUGACACUGUGGUGGAGAAUAUCUUCUCUGCAGCCAGACGCCUCCUGUUGCCAGAGAGAGGCCACGUCCUACCGAAGAACUUGGAGACACUCAUCUACCUCAAAGCCAACUACAAAUUGUUGUGGACUUAAAGCUAUGAGUCAGCCAUAUUUUCUCUGAAGAGAAAAUAUGGGAAAAUAUAAAUUUUUGACCAAUUUCAGUUUUAGAAAUGUGACUUCUGCUUCACAGCAACAUAUGUUGCAGUGAACAACGUAGUAAAUUACACACUUGUUAUUUUGAGACUGAAAUAACCAGCUUCCUGUCUUAAGUAUGGUUUUAGAUGUGGAUAUUCUGCAUAUGGGUUUUGCCACUAUGAACUGUUGAAAUGUUUGAGAUCAGAUCAAGACUAAAAUACUCCUUCCGUCUGUCUUUAUUUUGCCUCUUCAGGGUCUGCGAAUGACCAUCCAGUUCCCAUUGUCUGGUUCCAACCUUCACUUAGUGAAUUAUCUGUUGUAUAUUUGCCUAUAGUCAGGAGAGGUCAACAUUUUAUUUGCUGUCCAAACAGUCAUGACAAAACAUAAGUUUACCCUGUGAUCUAAUAGCUUCUGCAACCAACUUUUGGAAUUAGGGAAAAAACUACAUUUCUCGGUUGUCUAUAAAAAUUUUUGACCAAUUGCUAACAUUGCUGUUGAUGAAUCCUGACCUACUCUUUGGCGUUUGUUGUCACGGUUGCGUGAUAAAAAUUGCGUCAUUUUGUUUUCAGGCUUAAGUCAUCCACCCCUUUCUGUCACAAUCUCCCUUGCAAACUUUUCGUCCCCACUCUGCAUCCAAAUCUGAUCGGUCGGUCACAUUUUAGUGGGUGUUUUUAAAUGGAAAACAACCCUAGCUACUCAACCUCCAGAAACCAGAUUUUCUGUCUGUGAAAUCUAAGAUAUAACUCUUGGACGUUGGUGAAAUUUGCAUUCUAUAGCUAGAAAGUGUCUUGAAUGCGUUCCAUAUGUGAAUGAUCUUUCUCAAUUUGGAAACGAUGGAUGUUAAUGUAUUUAUAAAUUGCCAGAUGACCUUUCUCAGAUUGAUGUGUAGAAACAAUUGCUUCUUUAAAGUUUUUGCAGUCUGCCAAAACUGCUUUUAUGCUGGCAAUAAACCUUGCUUAAAAUCAAAUACAUACUCUAGAUAAAUGCUUGUGAUUAAAUGAGUGCAGCUUCCCUUCUUAAAUCCUACCCAAGGAACAAGAAUAAAUGCAAUUUUCCCAAUAUUAUUGACAGUAGUAUAAGGCUUGUUUUCUCCAGGAAUGUAUGUAAAACUACUCUACUGGCUGCCGGUCAUUGCUUUAUUGUCAGCUGAGAAGGAUUGCAUUCACUGCAAAUCAAAACAUACAUCCCCUAAUUCUUUCCCUCAAUUACUGCAAACCUUAACACCAGGACAUGAGAAUAAAGGAAUUUCAGUUUAAAACA